AUGACAAGUACCGUCGCUGGUGUUCAACCCGCGGUACCAGUGGAGAGGUGGGACCGGUUACAGAAAAAGACUGUGAACAUUGACUCGCCAUGGGCCAUGCAAACAUACAAUAAGUUCAUGGGCGGCGUCGAUCUGAAUGACUGCCUCACCGCACACUACAGAAUCCACAUCAAGUCGAACUUUUACCUCAAGUUAUUUUUUCACUUCAUUGAUCUCGUGAUUGUUGUUUGCUGGCUUCAGUACCCACGUGACUGCAAGUCACUGGGCGUCCCUGCCAAAGCACAGGAUGAUCUCCUAAAAUUUAGGAUGAGCACAGGCGCAUGGCUUUUGAAGCAAGGGAAGGAUACAACCGCAAGACAGAAGGGAAAGCCGUCAUCAUCCAUGGAGAACAGCCUUUUGGCAAAGAAAAAGAAGGGGCAAAUGAAAGUAGUUCCGGUUGCAAGCGUGAGGACUGACAGCACAGGGCCCUGGCCAGUCAUCAAAGAAACUCGGCAGAGGUGCAAGCGACCACACUGCAAAGGUCAAACAGUUUUCAUGUGUAUCAAGUGCAACACACACCUGUGCUGGAACAAGAACUGCAGCUGUUUCUACGAUUUCCUCCAAGAGUAA